ACCCUUUCAAAAGGUUUCCCUGGAUUAGGAGAAGCAGAGGCACGGGGGAGGAGAGAUGAGUGGCUGUUCCCGAGCUACAUAAAUAAUUUCCAGCUCUGAACGGGACAAUUCUGCACUUCCUUGCCAGGUUCUGUCACACUGGUGUUUACUGGUGGGAAACUAGGAAGAGCUGGUUCUUGGCCCUUGGAUUUUGACUAGUUGUUGGGAGAGGUAGAGCCCAUUUUAGUGGGUCUCUUUGAGAAAGCCCAACAAGAUGCCAGGCCUGCUCUCAGUCUCCUUCCACCUCCUCCUUGUCUUCAAGUUGGUUGCCCCCGUGACCUUUCGCCACCACCGCUAUGCUGAGCUUGUACGGACGCUGUACAAGGUGCACAACGAAUGCCCCUACAUCACGCGGGUUUACAGCAUCGGGCGCAGUGUGAAGGGAAGACACCUCUACGUGCUGGAAUUCAGUGACCACCCUGGAAUCCACGAGCCCUUGGAGCCGGAAGUCAAGUACGUGGGAAACAUGCACGGCAACGAGGCGCUGGGCCGCGAGCUGCUGCUGCAGCUGGCCGAGUUCUUGUGCGAGGAGUUCCGGAGCGGGAACCAGCGCAUCGUGCGGCUGCUGGAGGGCACGCGCGUGCACAUCCUGCCGUCCAUGAACCCCGACGGCUACGAGGUGGCCGCCGCCCAGGGCGCAGACAGCUCUGGGUAUCUGGUUGGCAGGAGCAAUGCAAAUGGAGUGGACCUGAACCGCAACUUCCCUGAUCUCAACACCUACAUCUACUACAACGAGAAACACGGAGGCCCCAACCACCACUUGCCCCUUCCAGACAACUGGAAAAGUCAGGUGGAACCUGAGACCCAGGCUGUGAUCCAGUGGAUCCGCUCCUUCAACUUCAUUCUUUCGGCCAAUCUCCACGGAGGGGCAGUGGUGGCCAAUUACCCGUAUGACAGGUCCCUGGAGCACCGGGUCCGAGGAUUCCGCCGCACUGCCAAUACCCCCACGCCUGACGACAAGCUCUUCCAGAAGCUGGCCAAGGUCUACUCGUACGCACAUGGAUGGAUGCACCAAGGUUGGAACUGUGGGGAUUACUUCCCGGAUGGCAUCACCAAUGGGGCUUCCUGGUAUUCUCUCAACAGGGGAAUGCAAGACUUUAACUAUCUCCAUACCAACUGUUUUGAGAUCACACUGGAACUGAGUUGCGACAAGUUUCCUCGCCAAGAGGAAUUACAGCGUGAGUGGCUGGGUAAUCGGGAAGCCCUAAUCCAAUUCUUGGAACAGGUACACCAGGGCAUCAAGGGAAUGGUGCUUGAUGAGAAUUAUAAUAACCUUGCGGAAGCUGUCAUUUCUGUUAGUGGGAUUAACCAUGACGUCACUUCGGGUGACCAUGGCGAUUACUUCAGGCUCCUGCUUCCAGGUACCUACACUGUCACUGCCACAGCACCUGGGUUCGACCCAGAGACAGUGACUGUGACCGUGGGUCCUGGGGAACCAAAACUGGUUAACUUCCAUCUCAAGAGAAGCGUCCCUCAAGCCACCCCAACGAGGAGAGCUCCCAACUCAGGACAUGGAGGCAGAGUCUUAGCAAAGCCAGCGCAGCCCUGGGUCAGCUAGGAAGGAGAUGGAUGCGGCGUGGCCCCGAGAGUCCCUGCCUGGGGGCCAUGGUGCUGGGGCCAUGUGUCAGAAAGGCUUGUUCCUGCUCUCCCAUCAGAUGGAGCUUUCUUUCUAUUUUAUUACCUGGGACAUAUUUAAAUAUAAACAUAUUCAGAACAAUUCAGAA